CGCACGUACGGCUGAGCGUAAAAGGGACGUGUCGGGAGCCUUGGCUGCGUCUCUGUUGGCGGUGCCAGGUGUGUUCAAACCUGUAGCAGACAAACCGCUGGCAGAUGUCUCUCAACUCAGUCAUGAUGGGCUGGAUCUCCGCCGCUUCAAACCGCCCACCGAUGUCCGUGUUUUCAUUUUGCGCACAGGUAUGAGGGAUUUCUCGUUGACGCGCUAUCACAACGACAGAUACUCAGCAACGCACCGCGCCGAGUGAGUAAGAUCCACACUGUUUACGUCUUGUUUUGACAACUUGACAUCGGGAGGAACACGGCGGAGACGGAGAAAAAGCGCGGAUGUUACCUCCAGAGUAGCGAUGGAGAACAUUACGCGCUGAUUUCUGCUUUUUAAAAAUCCAUCCGUGUUUUUACGCACAAGGGAAGCGCUUGGAAAUAUUGCAACCCAGGCAACUGAGCGCACAAAACCCCGUGGGAUGACACACCUCAGAGAUUGACCGGUGAGAAUCAGCUUCAUAAUAAUAAAUGUCCAAGAGAUGAAAUCCACAGCUGGUCAGGAGAAGAAGAAGUCAGGAGGGUUUUUUAUUAUUAGGCCGCGUCACUUUGCGCUCAUUUAACAAGAACACACGAAAGAAGAGGCGAUCGAAACCAGUUCAGUCGUUUAGUGAAACAAAAAAAAAAAAAAAAAAAAAAAAAAAAAAAAAAAAGGAGUAACCAUGUCCAGAACACUGAAGAAGAAGAAACACUGGUCUGGUAAAGUGGUGGAGUGCGCAGUGUCAUGGGGGAACCUGGGGGACUUUGGUUCCGUGGUGGAGGUCCUAGGUGGAGCAGAGCUGGGACAGUUCCCCUACCUGGGUCAGAUGAAACUGGACGUGCUGGUGUGUCACGUCGGGAAGCUGCCCUACUACGGUGACGUUUUACUGGAGGUGAACGGGACCCCCGUCAGUGGACUUACAAACCGUGACACCCUGGCUGUCAUCCGCCACUUUAGGGAACCCAUUCGUCUGAAGACCGUCAAACCAGGAAAAGUAUUGAACACGGACCUGCGCCACUACCUCAGUCUGCAGUUUCAGAAGGGCUCGCUGGACCACAAACUACAACAGAUCAUACGGGACAACCUCUACCUACGCACCAUCCCCUGCACCACGCGGCUUCCUCGAGAGGGGGAGGUACCAGGUGUGGACUAUAACUUCAUCAGUGUCGGAGACUUCAGGAUCCUGGAGGAGAGUGGACUUCUGCUGGAGAGUGGGACUUAUGAUGGCAACUACUACGGGACCCCAAAGCCUCCAGCUGAGCCCAACCUGGUGCAGCCUGACCUGGUGGAUCAGGUGCUCUUUGAUGAAGACUUCAGCGGUGAAGUCCCCAGGAAACGCACCACCUCGGUUAGUAAGAUGGACAGGAAGGACAGCGCGGUCCCUGAGGAGGAGGAUGAUGAUGAGAGGCCACCGCUGGUCAAUGGAUUGCCCGAGCACAAAGAGGGGGCAGACUGGAGGAAAGCAGUGCCCAGCUACACCCAGUCCAGCAGCAGCAUGGACUUCCGCACAUGGAGCUCCCUGCCCCGCGAUGACAGCCUGGAGCCACUGCCUCUUAACUGGGAGAUGGCUUACACUGAGACUGGCAUGGUCUACUUCAUUGAUCACAAUACCAAGACGACCACGUGGUUGGACCCCCGCUUGGCAAAGAAAGCAAAACCCCCAGAGAAGUGUGAGGAUGGAGAGUUACCUUACGGCUGGGAGGAAAUUGAUGAUCCACAGUACGGCACAUAUUACGUUGACCACAUUAACCAGAAAACCCAGUUUGAGAACCCAGUCCUGGAGGCAAAGAAGAAGCUUAGCCAAGAGACGGCAGCAAUCCAGCAAGCCACGGCAGCGCCUUCCCAAGGUAAGGCGGGUACGUCUGGCUUCACCGCAGACCCCAGUGAGCUGAAGGGUGAAAUGUACCACACAGCGCUCAAGAAAAGCUCCCAGGGAUUUGGCUUCACCAUCAUUGGGGGCGACCGCACAGAUGAAUUUCUGCAGGUGAAAAAUGUGCUCAGUGAUGGACCGGCUGCACAGGACAAUAAGAUGGCAUCUGGGGAUGUGAUUGUGGAGAUUAAUGGGUUGUGUGUCCUGGGGAAGACCCAUCCAGAGGUGGUGCAGAUGUUCCAGUCCAUUCCCAUCAACCAGUACGUGGACAUGGUUCUGUGCCGUGGCUACCCUCUACCCCCUGACGUGGAUCUAGACAGCGACGACCCUCUCCCACCCCCUCCUCCUCCACCUGCUUCCCAGCCCCAGCAGACUCUUCACGGUGGGGAGGUGGUGACGGCUGUCCCCCUCAUCAACGGACAGCCGCUGUUAGUGAAAGGCGACGUCCUGCACGGCUCAUCUCAAGAGCUGCACUAUGUCACCACGGACGCCAGCGGCCGCCCCGUCGUUGCCGCCAUGCCCAACGGACGACAGGGCGAACGGGGAGACGGGUCCGGGGGGAUACUGCAGCCGGAACUGGUGAGCGUCCCUUUGGUUAAGGGUCCUGGAGGAUUUGGGUUUGCUAUCGCAGACUGUCCACUGGGCCAGAAGGUCAAGAUGAUCCUGGACGCUCAGUGGUGCCGUGGGCUGCAAAAAGGAGACGUCAUCAAGGAAAUCAACAGACAAAAUGUCCAAACACUGAGCCAUGCACAAGUGGUGGAUAUUCUCAAAGACCUACCAGUGGGCAGUGAGGUCAAUGUGCUAGUGCUGCGAGGAGGUCAAACAUCCCCUGUGAAGAGUCUAAAGCCUAGACAAGAGAUGACAGCCAGUAUGGAGACUCUGGACGGUAUUACAGACUCAGCUCCUCAGGCCCUGCCUUACCACUCCAACACGAGCACCCUACGCUCCGUUGACUCCCCCAAACGAGACGCCACAGAGAUGUACCUGAAGUCCAAAGCCCUGUUGGACAGCAGACAGCCUCACACCAAAGACAUAGAUGUUUUUCUGAAGAGGGACAUUGAGACUGGCUUUGGCUUUCGUGUUCUGGGAGGAGAAGGUCCGCAACAGCCAAAUGUCUUCCCCCAGGUGUACAUUGGCGCCAUCGUUCCCAACGGAGCUGCAGAGAAGGAUGGGCGCCUGAGAGCAGGAGAUGAGCUUAUCGGCAUCGAUGGUGUGAUGGUUAAAGGUCGUUCGCACAAGCAGGUCCUGGAUCUGAUGACCAACGCAGCACGUAAUGGUCACGUAAUGUUGACUGUACGCAGAAAGGUCAUCUACAGAGAUGCAACUGAUGAGGAGGUGAAGGAAAUGACUCCAGUGCUGGUGAACGGCUCUCCUAAACUACCUCACCUACCGAUGCCCAGUGCUCUGGACCACGAGUCUUUCGAUAUCACGCUCCACCGCAAAGACACAGAGGGAUUUGGCUUUGUCAUCCUCACAUCUAAGAGUAAACCCCCCCAUGGAGUUAUCCCACACAAAAUUGGCCGUAUCAUCGAAGGCAGUCCCACUGACCGCUGUGGCCUCCUUCACGUCGGAGAUCGUAUCUCAGCGGUCAAUGGGCGCUCAAUCAUCGAGCUCUCUCACAAUGACAUUGUUCAGCUUAUCAAGGAUGCAGGAAAUGUUGUCACGCUCACUGUGGUUCCUGAGGAUGAAUACAAGGGCCCUCCAUCUGGAGCCAGUUCAGCCAAACAGAGUCCAGCUCUUCAACACAGAACUGUGGUUCAAAGGUCAGCACUUCAGGAAGAACGUUAUAACCUUGACCUGGAUGAAAAAAGAGAUGGAAUUAACUGGUCUGACCAUAAUGCUCUCCCCCUUAGUGAACAGGGCACAUUGUGUGUCACAGGACCCAACCAGGGCUGUCUCACCGUGGAGUUAGAAAGAAGUCCCAGGGGCUUUGGCUUUAGUCUGCGAGGAGGAACAGAGUACAACAUGGGCCUUUACAUCCUGAGACUGGCAGAGGAUGGACCUGCUCAGCUGGAUGGAAGGAUCCACGUAGGAGAUGAGAUCGUGGAGAUUAACGGGGAACCAGCUCGUGGCAUUUCCCAUACUCGAGCUAUUGAAUUGAUCCAGGCUGGGGGAAACAAAGUGGUUCUGCUGCUGAGACCUGGAGCAGGACUGGCUCAAGACGGCAGUCAACAUGAUCAGAAACUCAUUUCACCCACAAGCUCUUCUGGAGAGGUGUUUUUCUCUGACACGUCACCCUUGUCUUCUCCAUAUCCCACUGGGGCUUCCAUCUUUGUUUCCUCUCAUUUCUCCAGCAAAUUGAAACAUUCCCGCAGCUGGAGCACAAUAUCCCCACAAGGCCGCAAAUCCUUCAGCAGCAGGGGUUUGAGCUCAGUGGACGAGAGUGGCGAGUGGGCAGAUAACGAGGCAGAAACACUUUCCUCCCCUACCGCUGAGCGUAACACCUUUUACAAGAGGACCAGGCCCGCAAAAGACUCUAAUGAGCUAAGCAGCCCAAAGAAAACAGGGGAGACAUUUUCUAAAGCCAAAGAGCAACCUCACGGUCCCAAAAAGACUGAGAGCCAGGAGCAGGAAGCAAAACUGAGCAGAAACAGGACAUCUCCGACGCAGACAACAACAAAAACCACCAGUACUAGAAAGUCUCCACAAGCUGGACAGCAAGAGGCUCCAGUCCUGCAGCGCACGGAGCUUCGACAGAGGGGAUUAAAGGACUUCUCCAGCAGAGAGAGCUUGGAUCAUGAAACGAAAAACUGCAAAGGGGCGAAUCCUGAGAUCAGAAGAUGCACACAGGGAAAAGAAAUUGAAGGGAGAGGGGAAAGAACAAUGUCAGGCCAAAAGCACGAGAGUUUCAAAAGGAGGGUGGGAGAGACCCGAUACCACCGGAACCCUCCUCGAAUCAGAGAGAAUGAGAAAGGCACAGGGAAAGACUCAGGGCAGAAAGAUGCUAAUGUCAAGAGCAAGCCCACAGAAGAUCGGAACACAAGUAAAGACGCAGUCAAAAGAGACUCGCUAUCAGCUUUUAAAGAUAUAUGGAGAAGAAAAAGCUCUGUAGUUUCUCCUAGAGAGGCAAAAGGCAGAGAAGAUCCAUUUUCCAACUCCAAAGAGGACAAUAGUAAGCAAGACUUUGUGGCCUCUAUAAACAAUAUUCCAGGGGCUGUGCAGAGCCCAAAGGGACCUAUUAGCCCCGGCCCUUGGAAAGUGCCAAGCUCAGCCAAAAUCCUCUCCGAGGCAGAGGUCCUCCGUGACCCUUUGUGAUAGAAUAUUGGAUCACAGAGACUUGAGCUGUGCCAUGGAAUAUUUAACAGCACCCUCAGUGUAUUCUGUUUUUUUCUGAGCUCUUCCACAUAAACAGAGAGGUGCAACAUGGUGCCACUUUUAUGAACUUUGGACCAUGUCUAGAUUUGUGUUUGGACAUGAUCUUUUUGGGAGUCCUGUGACAUCACGUGGCAUGUAGCAGCUCCCCUCUGCCUUGUCUGCUGCUUCAGCAUAUUUGAUGUGGGACUCAAGCAUGUGUGGCAUGCUCGGGGCCAUGUCAGAGAAGACAUUAUGAAAUGUGAAUAUGUGCCAAUCCCAGGAGCCUCCUGUGGAACGACUACCAACAGCGCUUCACCCAUUACAAUGCAAUGACCCAUAUGCAAAGAAAGGAGAAAGGCGCUGGCCUCUCGCCUGUAGUAAACACCAAGUGUGACUGUCAUCUAGGGUUUAAGUUUGCUCUCUGUCUAAUCUCAUUGUGGAAUAAUUUGUCUUUUUUCUUAAAAGUUUGCUCCAAUGCAUGCAGUCAGUCCCUCAGUUUGUUUUUUCUGCACGUGCUCUGAGCAUCACUGGGGAUGAUCCUGUUUCUUGUUUAUAAUUCUCAUUCUGAACACCAGGCAUAUUUCAGACACAAUCCAGCAAGCAUUCACUUUACUGAGGACUCUAGACUGUUCUAUGGAUAUAGACGAGACUCUUUUCCAUACAAACAGCAUCAUUAAAAAGACCAGAAACUUGUGGUUCCAGAUCUUGUUUACCAUGUGUAUGAUAACCAACUAGUGUGUAAUUUAUUGAGAUAAUAGAUAGAAUAUAUGUAUAUGUAGCUGUACCAAGCCACUCCACAUUUUGAUAGAGACUUCAAAGAUUCGUCCCAUGUUAUUUGAGCUUUCACCAUCCUUCCAAUGUAUUUCAGUGGUAGGAAUUACCUUGGAUCUUUGUAGUUCAUGAAAUGUAUAGGUAAUGUGCAAACCGCUGUACCAAAUGUUUGCAAUCGCUCAAAACGUGUCUCAUUGUGAAAUAUAAUAUAUACAUAUAUAUAUAUUUGAAUGUGUCAUGUUUUGCAGAUUCUAACUUUAAAAUAUCUAUUGAAUUCCAUUGCACUGCAUCUGCCCUUGUAGCAUAACAGAAUGACAAUGAGUUGUAUUUAAUUUGUGAUGUUUACUUGCUACCAAUGCAUUGCCAUUUAUUAUUAUUAUUAUUAUUAUUAUUAUUAUUAUUAUUAUGAUUAUUAUACAGUAUAUUUUAUAAAUCUUAAUUGUUUCAAGCAAAAAUGUUGAUUUCUAGGUUGAAAAUCAUAUUCUUGGUGGUUUUACCUUUGCUUAUUGAGAAAAGACUAUUGCGGGUUACAAAUGUAUGUAUUUGUCUGUUGUGCUGUUUGAUUAUAUGCCAGGGUAGCCAGAAGGACAAUGGAGCUUAGCAAGUGAUGUUGUGGUUUACUGAGAUAUUGAGCAUGCUGCUGACUUACAGCACAUUUACAUAGAUCACACCGAUAUUUGACCUGCUGGUUAUAAAUUAUUAGAUUAAAAAGAGAGAGAAAAAAAAAAAGUUAGGUCUGUGGAAAACACUAUCCAAGUUUCAUACAUUUAGAUGAGCUCAGGGAACACAGCAUAGUAGCAAACGCGUGGUAAAGUCAAUAGGUGUCGGUCAAAUGGUUGGUAUGGUUCCAGUCGUAUAUCUGAACUAUUAUAGUCUGUGAUUGUACAUUGGAGUUUUCAGGUUAUAAAUCACUAGAGGAUGAGCUGUGAGAGCUGGGUUUUGUGCAAUAGUUUGGUUGGUUGAGUCGGUAAAUCCAACCCUGAGCAUCAGGUACAGACAGUUCACCCUUUCUAUUAUAUGUCCCCUGCACUGUUGUUCUUCUUUUAUUUUUAUUUUUUAAUCCUUUUCUAUCUCAUCUCUGUAUCAUAAUGUGGCCUUGCAUUGCUUCAUUAGAGAAAAAAAAAAACUUCUUCCUUGUGGUAUCUUCUACAUUAUGUAGGACCAGUAGAUGUAAAUGUUUGUACAUUGUACAGCACCUUUAUAAAUACUUGCUGAGUGCUGAGGGAGAAAAAAAAAAAAAUAGAGGUAUAUUAAAUCGCUCCAUUAUUUUUUUAUGUAUAAAAAAAGAGAAAAUAUUUACAAUGAAUUGAAAAGGAUUGGCUAUGACCUUGACAUGGUGUUCCGUUCAUGCACUGAAAAAUAAAGUUUUACUGAAAACAU